AGCAGCUUCAGCGUCCUCCUCACAGGCCUCUCCUGAGGAAGUGUGCAGCUCAUCCAUAUUCUCUCUGUCACAGGGUGCCUCCUCCCAGAGCAAAGACUGUAGACUGUACUUCCUCAGCCUCUUCCUUGGCUGGAGGCCCUGUGGGGGAGCCCAGCAAAGCCCCUCUCACUGCAGAAGCAGCACCAUAAGAAGGAGAAAUGGCUCCUCUCUCGGCUGGAGACUCUGUGUGGGAUGUCAAUCCUCACCACCCUCUUUGUGAAGAAUUUUUGUGGCCACCAAGGAGCAGCUCUGACUAGCCUUGUCGUAUUCUCUUUACAGGGAUGCCUCCUGCUAUUAAGAGCCGGCUGCUCACACACCAGAGUCUCUCUCCAGCCAGACUCUCCAGGGUGACAGGGGAGGCACAGCUGGGCCAGGCUGCUGGGGAAAAAGAGCCUUCUCCCAAAUGAGGCUGGGGGGGGAAAGCCAUAGAAGGCAGCCUUUUACUUUAUAAAUAAUUUUACUUUAUAAAUAAUUUGUAUACUUUUGCUUUCCUCAAAGCGGACGGUUGUUCAUACAUUAAUAGCAUUUGAGUUGAGGUUCCAAAUUCUAAGCAAAAUAUUGUUAGGGUACAUUCUGUAUGGAUUAGGAGCCUGUGGAAUACGGAGAGGCAGUGUCACAACAGUGACUCGGGACGUGUGACAGAAGAGGGACCAUGGACCCAAGAGCAGAUUUACAAAGGUUCUACUGAAGUUUGUUUCACGAUCGUGUGACCCCUCUGCCAUUAGGGAAGUGAGAGGUCACCAUUAAAAUAUUCAGCAGUUCAUAUAAAAUUUGCAACAAAAUGCUGUGUGAACAUACACAGUCACAUUGUUACAGCAGUCCUGACUCCACCAAUCGUCUUCCUCAUUUCCAUGCAACGCGGUGCUUUGGACUGAGGCCUCGGGUAGACACCAGUCCUUCAUUUAUGUCUCCCUGAGAGCUUGCUCUUCUCCAGAGUUAAGCUUUCUCAAAACAGGAUUUUUGGUGUUUUGUCACCUAAUCUGCUUGUUGCUCCUAGCAUGUCCUGCAAAAGUUCUCAGGCGGGUAUGUACAGCUUUUGCUAAGACCAUACUGGGUGUGCCAGUUCUGCAGGCUCCACCAAGUGCCAUCACUCCACGUUGUGGUCUGUGGCAGUUAACAAGCUACCUAAAGAGUCUGAGCCUGGUGUGGGCACUUGGCCUCAUUAAUAUAGAAAGAACUGUCUGGAGCCCAUUUUUCACGAGAAUGCACACCUGGCUAUGUAACAUUACAUUUUCCUCACCACUUUCCUUUAUUUCAUUUGUUUUAUUUAUAGUGGGUAGCUGCAACCACUUGGAAGAAAAAGCAGAAGAGGAGAGAGAAAUGCUGCCCAAAUCUUUGCAGUGUGAUCAGUGUUAAUAAAGAUUCUGACUGACCUCUUUUAAAAUGCACUUGCGUUAUUACACAUUUGGAGUCACAGUAUUCCCCAACACUCUAGUGCAGUCUUUGGCCAUCCACCCACUGGCUGCUUCAGAGAAGGAAUGAAAACGAAGAGGCUCUAACUCCAGUGGUCACCCUGCUGGCUAAAAAAUCACCAGAGCUGAGGGUCACGCACAGAAAGUGGAAGGGGACGGUGCUCCCUGCACCUAUAGCUGGAUGACGUGGGAAGGUUCAGCCCAAGGAAAAGUCCUGGACAGUGCUAAGAGAAGUUGCAGCCUCCUUUCCUGCUCCUGGGGCAAGGCCUGGGGCCAGCACCCUGCAGUGACCCUCACAGCCUGCGGACUGCUCUGCCCGAAUCUCCAGGGUGCAGCAGUCUCCUUGGGGAGGCAGCUCCCUGACAGGGCAGGCUGCAGCCCCUGUUGUGACACGCGAUGAGGCAACAGCGGGGCCGUCUGUGACAUCACACCACGUCCUGCUCAAAAGCCCUGUGCGCCGCGACCUGCCCUCACUUGGCUGCGAGGCCUUCAGGAGGCAGUGGCUGGUGCUGCUCUGCUGGGGCUGCCGCUGUGAUCUUGAGGAGCUGCCUUGCAGAAAGGAGCCAAAGGCACUGGGAAGCAGCGUCCCCGCGUGGGACAAUUCCUGCUGACGAGUGGAGGAGGCCCGGAGCGAGAUGGAGGCCAGGAGUGCUCCCAUCCUGUGCAACGGCCGCCUCAUGUGUCCAACACUCAUGCACCUCCAGGACGAUGAGAUUGUGAAAGUUUGGGAUGCAGUAUCCCACUUCAUCCGCAGGCAGUUUGCGCUGAACAAGGGUGUCACAGUACCUGGGCUGGGCACCUUCUUUGCUGUUAAACAGGACCGGCCCAUGGCAGGCGUUAAGCUCCUUGACGCAAAGAAGCCCGUCUUCCAGGUUUCGGAGCACUUUGCCAAUGUUCAUGGGCUCCCUUACAAGAAAGAAACUUUUCCUGGAAUACCUCCAUUUGUUUUCCUGAAUUAUGCCUGGCUGUCCUUGGACAUCGGCAUUCCUCGGGACACCGUGCAGCGCUGCAUUCAGGAGACCCUGCUCUUUCUCUCCUACAGCCUUGCAAAGAAGCAGGCUGUGGAUUUCAUCUUCAAGGACAUCGGCCGUCUGGUCUUCCGCAAGAGCAGAGUCCAAAUGCACUUUUCCUCCGACUUUGUUCACAACCUGAAUAGCAACGGCCAGCUGUUGAAAUGCCGCCUCACUAGGUUAAGCACAACGGAUUUGGCCACAUCGGAGAGAAAAAGCAUGGUCCCACACCCAGCUUCUCGAGGUGUCAUCAUCUUUCCCAGGAUUGGGCUCUACAUACCUCGGGGAAGAGCUGCAGGGGAAGGGUCUCUCCAAGCACCCAAGGGUUCUGCUUUGGAGAAGAAGGGAGACGCAAGUGUGGAGGGAGAGUCUACCAGAAGAGGGAUGCCUCCUAUUAAGAGCCAGCUGCUUACACCCAAGAGUCUCUCUCUAUCCAGACUCUCCAAGAUGAAAGGGGAGGCAUAUCUGGGCCAGGCUGCAGGGGAAAAAGUGCCUUCACCCAGAAUGCCAACAGCAAGUCAGGAGAGCAACUCAAAGAUGGCAGAAGAGGGGAAGGGCAAGCACUGUGCUGCAGCCUGGCCCCAAAAUCAAGCCCCUGCCUGUGAAGGUCAACGGAGAGCAGGACAGGAAAUACGCUGCCUGUACCGCCAAGAAGAUGAGAAAACUCUGCAGGCAUUGUUGGUUGAGGAGCAGCUGAAGAAAGAAUGGGAGAGACAGAACAUGUGGGCACAGUGCAAGGCUCGUGGCAAAACGAACGGGGGAGAGAGUAUCUGGCAGAAGACGCAGAUGGAAAUGCAGAGGCUGCAGACAGAGAGUGCAUCCUCCAUGGCACUUGUGGAAUGGAAAAAGUCUCUGCAGAUGGUGCCAGUGGACAUGAAACAGCAGCAUGUCCUCGUCCCUCACCCGCCGGAGAAGAAGGCUGAGGCAGCUCCUCUGAGCAAACCAAGUGCCAGCUGCCUUUCAGUGCGGACUGAGCGCAUCAGGAAACAGCUGGUGAAGAGAAAAGAGGUCCUGCAGAAAGACAAGACCAAGAGCAGAGUUGUCCACAUCCCUGGAAAUUCUGCAGAGGAUCUUCUGAUUUGCGUUGGUGAGAAAAUCCCUGUGCUUCCAAUGCCAAAGAUGACACGAGCAUCAGGGAAACCAGCGAGGACCCCUCGCAGCUGUGAGCAGCUGCGAGCCCAAUAAAGUCUUUUGCUUCCUGCUGGAAGGACCAGCACGGGCUUUGUAGUGUUCUGAUUUCACAGAAACACAGAAUGGUUGAGGUUGGAAGGUACCUGAAGAGGUCAGCUUGGCCAACCCCCUGCUCAAACAUUGCUACCCAGCACCAGUGUCCAAGGAGCAUGUCCUGUGGAGAUGGCUUUCAAGUGUCUCCCCUUGAGGAGGGAGACUCUACAGCCUCACUGGAGAACCCGUGAGAGGACUCGCUCACCCACACACUACAGAAAUGGAUCCUGAGGUUCAGAUGGAAGCCACUGUGUUUGCUUCUGUGCCCAUCGCCUCCUGUCCUGUCAUUGGGCUCCACUGAAAUGAGCCUGGCUCCAUUGCCUUUGCACCCUGCCCGCAGGCAUGCAGUUAUCCACUGAUCCCCCCCUGAGCUUUCUCUUCUCCAGGCUAAACAGUCCCAUCUCUCCCAGCCUCUCUUCAUAGGAGAGAUGCUCUGUUCCCUCAAUAAUCCACCUCACAAUUUUUGUGGGACUGUUAAACAGUUCAAGUAGCACCACUCGUGGCCUGCCAAGACAGCCACGAAGGCCUCCUAGCUGAGGCUGCUGAUUCUCCCUUGCUGAAAGCCAGGUGCCCUUAGGAUCCAGCAUCAGAUCCUGCCUGUGCCUGGAGAGCUGGGAAGAGCUGGGAGCUCUUGAUCCUUCCAGGGUAGAACU